UUGAUAGAAAGAAUUGGUCCUCAUUAAGAUGCAACCUGUUAAUACUGGUAUGAGGGGUUCAUACCCCAUGGCUAUCGUAAUUAUGGCGCUUGUGGCAAUGUUUGCCAUCUUCUCAACCUGUCAUGCAGAGAGCAGGCUACACUGUUUCAAAGAGUCAACUGCUUCACCCAAAAGUGCAGCGACAAAUGCCGUGAUUUUACACAGAUUCCGGAACGUUCCUAUUGCACCUUUACACACGAAACACAAUGCUGCUGCCCACUUGCAGAUAGCCAAGGUCUUGCCAGUGCUAAAGUCAGUGGCUCUGAUAAAGAUGAUAUUAACAUUAUUGGUAGAGGUGGAGGCCACGACCGCGGGGGUCAUGGUGGUGGCGGUGGCAGACUCGCUGGCCAUGGUCACGGUGGUGGCGGUAUCCCUGGUGGUGGUCAAAGUGGUGGUAUUGGUGCCCCUGGUGGUGGGUGCGGAGGGGCUGGCCAUGGUGGAGGCAGUGCUGGGGGCGGUCGUGGUGGUGGAGCAGGAGGCAGCCAUCGUGGAGGUGGUGGCGGCCGUGGUGGAGGCCUCUCUGGACGCGGCCAUGGCAGCGGUGGUGCUGGGGGUAGUAGUGGAGGUGGCCGUAGAUCUCUACCUGGCCAUGGGCAUGGUGGUCAAGGGAUGAACCAAGACGGAGAUGUCUCUUGAUUGAGAAGUUAGUUUUCUGUAAUAAUAUUGAGAAUUAUAUAUAAAAACAUUACAUACAUCAGUCA